GAAAAUGAGCGAGGCCCCCCACCCUCCGGGCUCCCCUCGCCUGGACGCCCUCUCUAGGCACGUCCUGGAGGCCUUCACCUCCUUCGGCCUGGACCACAGCUGGACCGAUAGCCACUACGUGGGGCUGCAGCGUCCCGACCGGGGGCGACCCAACUUCCUCCAGCGGGUGGAGGCCGGUGGGGCUGUGAUAGAGGACCUGCAGCUGGAGGAUCCAGAUGUUUACUGCCCCUACAGCACCUCUGGCACGGUCGUGGGCGGUCUCGUCUAUGCCAACUACGGGCGUAGGGAGGACUUUGGGAUGCUGGAGCAGAUGGGGCUGAGCGCGCAGGGACACCUGGUCAUCGUCCGCGUUGGGAAAAACAGCUACGCCGAAAAGGUGGCCAACGCAGAGGCCAGCCAGGCAAAGGGCAUCCUCAUCUACCCGGACCCCAGCGACAUCCCCCAGGACCCCCGUAAACUGGGCCUUUUCCCUAACGUCAGCAUUUACGGGCAUGUCCACAUGGGGGCGGGGGACCCUUACAGCCCCGGCUUCCCGUCCUUCAACCACACCCAGUUCCCCCCCGUAAGAUCCUCGGGGCUCCCCACGAUACCGGCUCACCCCAUCAGCGCCGCCGUGGCUGCCCGCCUGCUCAGGCAGCUGACGGGACCCCCGGCCCCCUCGACCUGGAGGGGGCUCCUUCCAGAGGUCCCCUACCUGCUGGGCCCCGGGGACCCCAGUUUCCACCUGAAGCUUGGGGUGUACAGCGUCCGGCAGUCGGUUAUGAUCAACAAUGUCUUUGGCUGCAUCGAGGGCAAAUUCGAACCCGAUCACUAUCUGAUUGUGGGGGCCCAGAGGGACUCCCUGGGGCCCGGAGCUGCCCGGUCCGGAGUGGGCACAGCCAUCUUGCUCGAACUGGCACGGACUUUCGUUGCCAUGGUGCAGAACGUUUCCUACAACGGACUCUACAUUGGGCUGUUUUUAAAAGUAAUUUUAGAAAUCACUCCUGAUUACAAAAUCCAGAUGCCCAUUGAUAAGUAUUUGUGA